AGUGGCGAAGCCACACGCGACUAGAGUAUUACACACUCAAAUAACUCCUCUCCCUCUGGCCUCCCCGGGCUCUCCGCGCCAUGGACCUGGAGCUCGAAGCCGCGGGCAGCGGCGGAAACGGAACAAGAGCGGUGUCCCUCUCCGUUGACUCCCCGACGGCCGAACUAGGCCGCGGGGACCUGGGCGGCAGCGGCGGACCCUCUCAGGACCGCACCGUCUCGCGCCGCCACGUGUCCCUCCGCCUUCUCGGUGUCGGCGACGGGAUCGCAUUCGAGGUCGUGGGCAGGAACCCCGUCGUCGUCCGCUCCCCUGACGGCGGAGGCGGAGGCGGAAGUGGAACCAGCAGGGUGUUCCGCCGCGGGGAGAAGGGCGAGCUCCGCGCCGGGGACGCGCUGUCGCUGUCGCUCAAGGCUCCUGCGUUCUGGGCGGUGCGGGCGAGGGAGGGGAACGGCGACGGGGACGCGGAUGUGGACGUGGAACCCGCCGUGCUUGAUGCGGUGGCGAGGCGGGAGAGGCGUACGCGGGAGCGGAAGGAGAGGGAGAGGGAGAGGCGUGUUGCGGAGGAGACCAUGGAGGUCACCGAAGAGGAAGAAGGGGCAGCCGUGGACUCUGAUGUGGAGGGUUUCGACAUUGAUUUAGCAGCCAUAGAUCCAGUUCGAGAAUUUGGGUUCUUGUCGAUGGGCCAUGAAUUCGACAGUUACCCGAAGGGAAGGAUUCGUGCUCCAAAGGAUUGGAAUUGGUUCCUAGAGGAAGCAAAGAGGACCUCUGACGAUGAAGCUAGCGGCAAGAGGAGAUCUAGAUCGAAAGUUCUGGGAUGGAACAAGAAGAAGAAAGAUGGAGAAGGCGAAGAUGAAGACUGGACUGGUGAGAGUGAGGAUGAAAAAGAGUCCACGGGAAGAGUUACCAGUGUGAAGAGACCAAAGUAUGCGACAAGAUCUAAAAGCUCAGAAAAAUAUAGUAGGGAAAACUCGAAGACUGGAAGUGGCAGAAGUAUCGACGAAGAUGACGGCACUGAGGAUGAGCAAGAUGAGACUCUGGGAGGUUUUUUAGUUAACGACGAGGAUGACGAGCCUGCAGAAGAGCUGAGCGAUGAAGAGGAGGAAUUUGACGAUGAGGAAGAUGAUGAUUGAUAACCACGUCAAAAAAGAACCUUCUCAGUGAUGAACUGAUACUGACAAGUGACAAGCAGUAUGUUUAUAUUCCUUUGAACUUGUGUAAAAACAAUGUGUGGCAACUGUGUUAGUGUUGUUAAUUCUGAAAAAUGACGUUUUUGUAUAUCUGCAUUGCUUAUCUCAGCAGUGAACCGAAUUUUCGCUCAGCUGUGCUGCCAUGCUGCGACAUGGGCCACGAACGAGCCUGCAUGAAAGCAAUCCGUUUCCGUUUGAAA